AUGUCCCUCCAAACCCCCCGCGUCCUCCCCGCCCACCUGCACGCCUUCCACCCAUCCAACACGACGGGCGCACGCUCCACAAACACAGUGCGUCUGCUCGGCACAGUGACGGCAUUGCGCGGCGACACGGCGACGAUCUCCUGCGGUAACAAUGGCGACGCGACGCUGAUCUUGAAGCCGGAUAGCCAUCUCCAGAUGGGCAAGUUGGUUGAGAUUGUGGGGAAGGUUACGGAUCAUGAGGGGGGCAUUGGAGUACGAGUCCUGGGAAGCUUUGAUUGGGGGAGUCCGGAGAAGUGUGACUACUCCAUCUACGAGAAACUAGUCGACGCAACGCAUAAAGUGAAAUCGAUCUAUUACGACGAAUAA